AUGAAGACCCUCGGAGCCGACCAGGCGGCCGAGGACCUCGACCCGGGCCCCAGCGCCGCCCCCUGGCUGACGGGCGUGUCGGAGGGCGGCGGCGGAGGCGGCGGCUCCCAGGGCCCCAAGCGGCGGCCGUACUUCGAGUCCGCCGUGUCCAAGAACGUGACUGCCGUGGUGGGCAAGACGGCGCACCUGAGCUGCCGCGUGCACAACAUCGGCAACCGCACGGUGUCGUGGAUACGGCACGGAGACAUCCGCCUGCUGACGGUGGGCAGGUACACGUACACCAGCGACCAGCGCUUCCAGGCCAUCCACUCGCCGCAGACCGAGGACUGGGUGCUGCAGGUGCGCCAGCCGCAGCAGGAGGACUCCGGGGUGUACGAGUGCCAGGUGUCCACCACGCCGCCCAGCGGCAUCGCCAUGCACCUCUCCGUCGUCGAACCAGUGACACUGAUCAUCGGCGAACCUGACAUACACAUCUACAAAGGAAGCACCAUCAACUUGACUUGCAUCGUGAAGCAUAUACCCGAACCGCCGUUCGCCAUCUACUGGACACACAACCACCAGGAGAUCAGCUACGACUCGCCGCGCGGCGGGGUGAGCGUCAUCACGGAGAAGGGCGAUGUGACGACCAGCUACCUGCUGAUCCAGCGUGCUACGGCCCGCGACUCGGGCAACUACACCUGCAACCCGUCCAACGCCGACAGGAAGACAAUCGUGCUCCACGUGCUGAACGGCGAGCACCCGGCGGCGAUGCAGCACGGAGGGCAGCUGAGACUCCAGUACCCCGUGGGGUUGUUCGUCUUCAGUGUCGUCAUAUCCGUGGUUAGUUCCUGAUACGGGAGGCCACUGGAACCAGCUGGGCGGUACCCUCUUCGCACCUGAUGCUUCGCCCAUCCGCGACCAUCUCCUCGAAAAGUUGCUCGGGGGACAGCUAACAUAAUUUCCCUCAGCAAGCUGGUGCGGUACAGAAAGACAGUGGGACGUUUUCCUAGCAGGUCAUCUACUUUCAUCUCCAGAACGUGGAUGCGGGUAGACGAAUUGAAAAAAAUCAUUCAAACGUGAACUUUUUACCGACGUCAAGAAAAUCCCAAUAACUAAACUAUACUUCAUGUGGUUUCAAAACAAACUAUCAAAAUCACACGAGUAAAUAAUAAGUAACUAAAUGUGAUUUUCGAAAAUAAAAUAACUUCACUCGAGCUGCUUGAUGUAAUUUUUAAUAUUGUUGUCACCUGUCAAUCUUAAGAUAACUUUUCAUUGUAAAAAUGCCCUCAAUGGAACUUUCUCCUUCAAAAGCGAAUUUACAGCUGCUGCGAAAAAAAAAAAGACUGUCAUAGAAAUCGCUGCAUGCUAGUUUAGAUACAAUUUGGUGCUGAAAUAUUUUAGGAUUAAAGCUUCAGUUAGAUAAGCAAAUAUUUGAAAUUUUCAUUCUUUGGACAUAACUGCAAUGUUCCUGUUUAUUAUAAUGUAUGUAUUUAAUGUUAUGUGUAUAUUGAACAAAUGUUAUAUUACAGCUUUAAUUGUAUGCAUCUAUUAAAUUAUGACUUCAGAUUUUUUA